AGGGUGGUCUGCGGGGGGAGGCUUAAGAGUCCCAAGUGCUCACAGAGGGGGAUCUUGGCUUUCCUUGUUGGCAGGGAGGUCACGGUGUGACUUCCGGGACUGCUGGGGGAUUUUAACAGUCAUGUGCUCCCAGGGUACUUAGCAGCACUUGUGAAAAUUCUGCAUAUGCCAGCUGCCUUUAAUAUUAGUUACUAUUACUACAACUUUUGUUCAUUCCUUGAGUGCAUUAUAUGGAGCACGUGCUGUGGAUUCGGCCCCGAACCGAAGCCUUUGCCCUCUUGGAGCUGAUACUCUAGUGGCAGAGACCAAAGGAAAAGGAAUAAAGAACAAAAUGAUGUUAGAUCGGGCUAAGGCUUCUGAAGGAAAUAAACAGGAAGGGGCCUGGGGAAAAUAUGUUAGAUCAGGCCUUUCUGAAGAGGUGAACUGAGAUUGGAAGGACGAGAAGGAGCCAGCAUGGUUCAAAUAGGGGGACCGGGCAGAUGGAGGAACCAGUUCAACACCCCGAAGAGGGCCGGGCUUGAGAUCAUCGACGAGUACAUCAAGGAGAAUGGCUUCGGCUUGGAGGGGGCGCAGCCCGGCCCCGAGGGGCUGCCACGCCUGGUAUCUCGCGGGGCGGCCUCCCUGAGCACCGUCACCCUGGGCCCAGCGGCGCCCCCGCCCCCUGCCACGCCGCCGCCCUGGGGCUGCACCCUGGGCCGGCUGGUGCCCCCGGCCGCGGGCACCGGGCCGCGGCCGCACCUGGUCAUCACCGAGCAGCCCAAGCAGCGCGGCAUGCGCUUCCGCUAUGAGUGCGAGGGCCGCUCGGCCGGCAGCAUCCUCGGAGAGAGCAGCACGGAAGCCAGCAAGACGCUGCCCGCCAUCGAGCUCCGGGACUGUGGAGGGCUGCGGGAGGUGGAGGUGACCGCCUGCCUGGUGUGGAAGGACUGGCCUCACCGAGUUCAUCCCCACAGCCUCGUGGGGAAAGACUGCACAGAUGGCGUCUGCAGGGUGCGGCUCCGGCCUCAUGUCAGCCCUCGGCACAGCUUUAACAACCUGGGCAUCCAGUGUGUGAGGAAGAAGGAGAUCGAGGCUGCCAUUGAGCGGAAGAUUCAGCUGGGCAUUGACCCCUACAACGCUGGGUCCCUGAAGAACCAUCAGGAGGUGGACAUGAAUGUUGUGAGGAUUUGCUUCCAGGCCUCAUACAGGGAUCAGCAAGGACAGAUGCGCCGGAUGGACCCUGUGCUCUCUGAGCCCGUCUACGACAAGAAGUCUACAAACACGUCGGAGCUACGGAUUUGCCGAAUCAACAAGGAGAGUGGGCCGUGCACGGGUGGCGAGGAGCUCUACCUACUGUGCGACAAGGUGCAGAAAGAGGAUAUAUCAGUGGUGUUCAGCAGAGCCUCCUGGGAAGGCCGGGCUGACUUCUCCCAGGCCGAUGUGCACCGCCAGAUCGCUAUUGUGUUCAAGACGCCACCUUACGAGGACCUGGAGAUCGUUGAACCUGUGACGGUGAACGUCUUUCUGCAGCGGCUUACUGAUGGGGUCUGCAGUGAGCCUCUGCCCUUCACCUACCUGCCUCGGGACCAUGACAGCUAUGGCGUGGACAAGAAGCGGAAACGGGGGCUGCCUGACGUCCUUGGGGAGCUGAAUAGCUCUGAUCCCCAUGGCAUUGAGAGCAAACGACGGAGGAAAAAACCAGUCUUCCUGGAUCAAUUCCUGCCCAGCCAUGGCUCAGGACCGUACCUCCCGCCGUCAGUGCUGCUACCCGACACAGACUUCUACCCGGGCACCGUAUCCCUCCCCAGCCUGGAACCCCCCGGCGGGCCGGACCUCCUGGACGACAGCUUUCCCUACGACCCCGCUGCCCCCACGCUCUUGACCAUGCUGGACAUGUUGCCCCCAGCGCCACCACUCACCAGCGCUGUCGCGGGCAACGGCGGUGCAGGGGCUGCGGUCGGGGAGCCCCCCGGCCCCGAGCCGCUCACGCUGGACUCGUACCAGGCCCCAGGCCCCGGGGACGGAGGCACUGCCAGCCUCGUGGGCAGCAACAUGUUCCCCAACCAGUACCGUGAGGCCGGCUUUGGGGGUGGCCUCCUGUCCCCGGGCCCUGAGGCCACGUAGCCCCGCGGCGCUGGAGGAGAGGCGCUGGGUCGGGAGGGAGGUGGCCUUCCAAUCAGGAUACCCAGCACCCCCAUCCCCUGGGGCGGCCCUUGGUCAGUCUUCCGACGUCCUCGUCCUUCUGAAUCGGACAUCUUCAGCGCUGGGGAGAAACUCCGUAACACCGGUUUCUCCUGAGCUCCUUUACAAAUGAGAAAACUGAGUCUGGAGAGGAAAGGGGGCUUGGCUCUCAAGCACUAGCUUGUUAAAGCUGCUGUCUCAGCCCCCACAAGCAGGGACACCUUCUCCAGGGGGAUUCUGUUGUGUAUAAAUGGGAGGAGGGUGCAGAUCCCCCAUCCUCCUACCCCAGGCUUGAAGGUGGGGGGGGCGGGUAGGUUGUUUGUUUAGAGUCUUGCUAAUAAAGAUGAGCUUUUGA